AUAAGGUCAUGGUGAUGAUAGGAAGCCAAAUCCAAAUAUGAAUCGAAAACACCAAAUAUUAUUUCCUUAUAUAUACACCCCUCAAUCAUCCUUAAAAAAAAGUAUGAAACCCCAAUAUUAUUUGUUACAAGUUCCGCUUCAUCGUCUUUGUCGAAGACUAGCGAUUCUACUUAACAUUUUAAAAGCGGCUUUGGGUUUGUCGGCGAGGUGGCGAAGAAAGAUGGCGACGGCGGCGGCGGCGGAAACGAUUUCCGGCUUAGAACUAGAAGAUGAUAUUAACGGCAGCGUUGUUGAUCUAACCAAGGGUUUGGAGAUGACAAUGGGUUCCUUUUAUAUAUCCAAGGAUGACCCAUCAAAACCCCAAGGACAAGAUGCCCACUUUUUGUUGCCGGAAUUUCAGACCUUCGGGUUGGCCGACGGUGUAGGCGGCUGGAGUAAGAGAGGCAUCGACUCCGGCGAAUAUUCUAGAGAACUAAUCGGUCACGCGGUCUAUUCUAUCCAAACCCGGAGUAGUAACCCGAACCCAAAAUCCGUUCUGAAUGAGGCUUUCACGAAAACCGAAGCCCAAGGGUCAUCCACAGCAUGCAUCGUAACCCUAGACGGCGGCGCCGGCAAGUUGCGGGCGGUGAACAUCGGAGACAGCGGGUUUGUUCAUAUCCGGGGCGGGGUAAUCAUUUACCGGUCGCCGGUGCAACAACAUUCGUUUAACAGGCCGUACCAGUUGGGGAAAACAAACGACGGGAUGGAUUUGGUGGAGGAGAUUGUGCGCGAGGUGGAAGACGGCGACGUGAUCGUGGCCGGGACGGACGGGCUGUUCGAUAAUUUGCACGAUACGGAGAUCAAGGGACGGGUUAGGGAUGGCCGGGAGACGUACGUUUCGCCGGAAAUUUUGGCUUGGAAUAUAGCCGACUUUGCUUACCAGCAAUCUAUGAAUCCAUAUAGUGUUAGUCCUUAUAGAGUGAAUAGUAACUUGGUGAAAGGAGAAGCGCAUUAUGGUGGAAAGCCUGAUGAUAUUACUGUAAUCGUUGCAUACAUUAGUCGGUGA